AUGCUGUCCACACUCCGUCGAGUUCCUGCCCGCCCAGUACUGGCAAGUGCCAGAAGUUUUGCGGCGGCCAAGGAUAUUCGCCAUGGGAGUGAAGCACGGGCGUUGAUGCUCGAAGGCUGCAAUCGAUUGGCCGAUGCAGUUGCAGUGACUAUGGGACCAAAGGGGAGAAAUGUCGUGAUCGAGCAGUCGUUUGGUGCACCAAAGGUCACGAAGGAUGGUGUUACAGUGGCCAAGUCCAUUGACUUGAAGUCCAGCCCCAUGAUCAACGUGGGCGCCCAGCUCGUCAAGACUGUUGCCAGCAAGACGAACGAUGUAGCCGGCGACGGCACAACCACAGCAACCGUUUUGGCGCGUGCCAUCUUCCGAGAAGGUUGCAAGGCGGUUGCAGCUGGAAUGAAUCCGAUGGACAUCAAACGCGGCAUGGACCACGCAGCCAAGAUUGUUUUGGAGGACCUCGCAAGCCAAGCUACCAUGAUCGAAACGCCUGACAAAAUCAAAAGCGUGGCAACCAUCGCAGCAAAUGGCGAUGAACACAUUGGUAAGAUGAUUACAGAAGCCUUUGAGAAGGUGGGCAAGGAUGGCACCAUCACAGUGUCUGAUGGCAAGACCAUGGACCACGAGCUAGAGGUGGUGGAAGGCAUGCAGCUGGACCGCGGGUACAUCUCACCGUAUUUCAUCACUAACGUGAAGGCGCAAAAAGUCGAACUGGAGAAUCCUCUGGUCCUCAUCUUUGACAAGAAGAUUUCGUCAGUUCAGGCCAUUCUCCCUCUCCUUGAGCAGGUGGCAAAAGUGCAGAAGCCUCUGCUGAUCAUUGCAGAGGAUGUGGACGGCGAGGCACUUUCCAUGCUCAUCGUGAACAAGCUCCGAGGAGGCCUCAAGGUUGCCGCAGUGAAGGCACCUGGCUUCGGUGACAACCGCAAGGCAAUCCUCCAGGAUCUUUGCGUGCUGACCGGCGCGGAACUCAUCACUGAGGAGCUGGGUGGAAAACUCGAGGAAGCCCAACUUUCGCAGUUGGGCACUGCAAAGACCAUCACAAUCGACAAGGACAGUACCGUCCUGCUGGACGGUGCAGGAGAGAAAGCCAAGAUCGAGGAGAGGUGCGAGGCCAUCCGAGACAGCAUCGAUGCAUCCACAUCCGAAUACGAGAAGGACAAGAUGAAGGAGCGUUUGGCAAAGCUGGGCGGAGGUGUCGCAGUCAUCAAGGUUGGCGGCUCGAGCGAGGUGGAGGUGAACGAAACCAAGGACCGCCUGAAUGACGCACUGAAUGCCACGAAGGCUGCACUGGAGGGAGGCAUUGUUCCUGGUGGAGGAACUGCCCUCUUGUAUGCCACCAUGAAGCUGGAGGGUGUGAAGCUGGAUAGCUUGGACCAGCAAGUUGGGGUGGAUGCCAUCAAGGCGGCCCUGAAGCAGCCAUGCAUCCAGAUUGCUCAGAAUGCAGGCGAGGAAGGUGCGGUCGUAGUGCAGACGCUCUCCAAGGACAAGAACUUGUCCAAGGGCUUCAACGCGCAGACCGGUCAGUAUGUUGACAUGAUCGAGGCAGGCAUCAUAGAUCCCACCAAAGUUGUGCGAACAGCUCUGGCCGACGCUGUGUCCGUCGCAUCGCUGAUGACGACCACCGAGGCUAUCAUUGCGGAAGAAGUUGAGGAGAAGGCAGCUGGUGAGCGCCCCCUCUCGCCGUACCAGCAGGCUGGGCUGAGACAAGAUGGCAUUGGCGGCUUCUGA